GACUAGUAAAUAAUCCAUACCGAAAUGAAUGCCUGUGUACAAAGGCAGGUACUUCUAGUUAGGCCAAGUUCAGUCGCUGGUGCUGCUUUCAACUAAAACAUUAUGGGCAGGGACACUGGAGAACAUCAUCAGAGACUGCUGUAGACUCAAAGAGGCCUCCUCCACGUUCUGGAUCUCCAGCAGCUUCUACCAUUCCAGGCUGGAUCGGUCUUCAAAGCAGAGGCGAUGGCAUUCUAUCCCCUGCAGAUUGCUGGUCUGGUUCUUGGCUUCCUUGGCACGGUCGGGACUCUUGCCACAACCCUCCUGCCCCAGUGGAGGGUAUCGGCUUUCGUUGGCAGCAACAUCAUCGUUUUUGAAAGGCUCUGGGAAGGGCUCUGGAUGAACUGCGUCCGACAAGCCAAGGUCCGGCUGCAGUGCAAGUUCUACAGCUCUUUGUUGGCUCUCCCACCUGUCCUAGAGGCAGCCAGGGCCCUCAUGUGUGUCGCCGUCGCUCUCUCGCUCAUCGCUCUGCUUCUUGGCAUCUGCGGCAUGAAGCACAUCCGGUGCACGGGCUCCAACGAGAGGGCCAAAGCGUACCUUCUGGGGACCUCCGGGGCCCUCUUCAUCCUGACCGGCAUCUUCGUUCUGAUUCCUGUGUGCUGGACGGCCAACAUCAUCAUCAGGGAUUUCUACGACCCAACCAUCCACGUGGGGCAGAAACGAGAACUGGGAGCAGCCCUCUUCCUCGGCUGGGCCAGCACCGCCAUCAUCUUCAUCGGAGGUGGUUUGCUCUGCGGGUUCUGCUGUUGCAACAGAAAGAAGCCGAGACACCGAUACCCAGCCCCGGGAUACUGCGUGCCCCACGUGGAGAAGCGGAGGAACGUGACCUCCACCAGCUAUGUCUAGCACCUGCUUUGGGCUCCAACUGUGGAUUCCAAUCAGAGGUUUUUAUAGAGCCCUGCCAGACGCUGUAAGUACGUCGGGCGCGAGAACUGGCCUUAUGGCUUCAUUUCAAUGGAGAGGAAAGUCUAAACGGUAGAUAGAUCGUACUUGGUCACCCGUGGUAGGAAUAGAAAUGGCUUACUUUGGACAUUCUAACUCCAUAUGUAUUAAAUGCAUUUACUAUUAUGAGACACAAAUGAUCCCCGUUCCAAUUUGUGGAGUCGAAAAUCGAGUAUAUCCACAACGUUAGUAUAAUGAUAACCACUGUUUUUUUUUGUUUUGUUUUGUUUUGUUUUGUUUUGUUUGACAAUCAUGGAGCAUCUGCUAGGAAAUGCAAAUUUUAUUGCAAUUGAUAACGCACACCAGUAAAAAAUACUCUAAACCAUAACCCAAGUUAAUUUUCCUCCACAUUAUUUCUUAGACUAAUACAGUAACAAGUGAAAUGUGGACUUUCCUUUUUUAAACAAUUAAUCUGAAAAAUAGUAGAUCUGAAAUACGGAUAUUUUUAAAUGUUUAUUUAUUUUUGAGAGAGAGAAAGAGCAUGAGCAGAGGACAGGUGGAGAGAGAGGGAGACAUAGAAUCUGAAGGAGGCUCCAGGCUCUGAGC